AUGAAGAUAUCUCUCGUCCUUCUCUCCUUCCUCGUCCUCCUACCUCUCUCCCUACAAGAUCCAAACCCAAAAGUCAAAGCACCGAGUCGGGCCCACGCGGAGCUCACGAGUUAUGGCUUUCCAAUAGGGCUGCUUCCUCUAUCCGUAAAGGACUACUACAUCAACAAAACCUCCGGAGACUUCUCCCUUCUCCUCCACGGCACAUGCAAAAUCACGCUUCCACCAGAUAACUACCUCGCGACUUAUUCGGACAAGGUAACGGGUCGGAUCACGCAUGGUCAGAUCGCUGAGCUCCGUGGGAUUCGUGUCAGGGCGUUUUAUCAGUGGUGGUCUAUCACCGGGAUUCGAUCCGCUGGGGAUAGUCUUGUCUUCGAGGUUGGUGUCGUGACCGCCAAGUACCCUUCGAAGAAUUUCGACGAGAGUCUUGAUUGCGAAGGAACUCGAGCUUCUUCUUGA